GCCAAAAUGGUCUAUGGAAACAAGGCAGUCAUCAAAUUUCUUAUGUUCAAUAUCAUCUACAAUCCUCCAGAAUCCAACAGUUCUCAAGUUGAUCUCUAUGCAUAAGAAUCUGGGUCAACCAUCUAUUACUUGCUUGAGUUCAAUGCCAUGAAGCCAACUUAGACUUACAAUACGUCAUUGUUAAACAUCAUUGCCCCCUUCUUCCAAGGGCGACGUUGCCCAUUUUCAAAAUCUAAAUCUACUUGGACCUCCAAGACAUGAUACUUAAUUUACUUACUACACAUAGCAUAGUGCCCAGGAAGAAAUUUAACAUUCACAGGCUGUUUUACAUUUUACAGGCACAAUUUUCAGAAUCCGGCAAAGUAACAAUGCCAUCGCGUCCCUCCAAAUCUACUGAUGAUGUCCUACCUUCUCCAGGCCAAUUUACCCGUCCUCCACCAUCUCAAUAUUACACCUAUCGUAUUCAACGAGGAGAACAGGGAGUUCUGACAUAUGAGCCUUACAAAUCCUAUCUCCUACCUUUGUGGCGAUUCCGGACUCCCUCGAUUGCAGAAAAGUCCUCGAAUGCCUUAUACGGAGAAUUUCUACGAUUUUACAAGGACAAUGAUUUUGUGGGUAUGGAUAUGAGUAGAAAGUUUAUACAAAUGGGUAUGACGCGAUCGAAACGUUAUGCGAAUCAUAAAGGGGGACGAAAAUACGACGUUGGAAAGGAUGGGGAAAAAGUGGAAAUAGAAAAGAGUCAAGGCCAUGAAGGACAAGCAGAUAAACUGAUGGCUAGUGGCAUAUUCAAAGAAAUGUGGGAAAGAUGCCGGGGCCAUGAAGGGUACAAAGCUUUGAAGGAAAAGUUUCAAAAGGAGUUGAACGACUGGAUAAGUGUCCAUGGAGAGAAAACACGGUCAGAUGAAGAGGGUUUUCAAGUAAGAGAGCAGGAACAAGGCGAAGAAGCAAAAUAUAUCAAGCGAGAGGGCGAAGGGGCAGGGGACUUGAAGGAUUCUAGACAACGAAAGAGGCCAUGGAGUGAAAUAAAAGAUGGUCAGAAGAUCAAGACAGAGGAUAGUGUAGAGGAAACAUCGAGCAACCCAAGAAUGAAGCGAAAACGAAUCGAUCUUUGAUCUGGCGCUAUUUAUACACCCAUCGCUUUGCUUGUAAAUCUCAUAUCA